AUGAACGAUGAAGCCUCCUCAUCACGAAUCGCCCGCCCACCACCCUCGAUUGUCGAUUCAAAUGGCUCCUCAUAUCAACCGGCGCCGACGGCGGCCGAACUCGCAGAGCGGAGGAAAAAGAACAGACAGACGUUCAAUCGUAAGCGCGGCGAUCUGCUCGACGACUUGCUCCGCAAUCUCGACCUCAUCAUCUACGCCGAGUUGAGCGCGAUUUACUACAUGGACUGCUCAUUCCUCCGCUUCGUCCUCCGCGCCUUCGUGCAGUUCCUACUUCUCACUCCAAAACCACCCGUCUUCCCUGAACAACCCGAAGACCGACCAGUCGUGGGUGCCAUCUUCACCACGAACGCCAUUUGUCUGUUCUGCCACAUCUACUUUGCCGCGCCAUCCGCGGGAGAAGCGACUCGAGGAUUCCUGCAUGGUGGUCUGGCGAUGGACUUUAUCGGCCAGCAGGGACCGAGCAGCAAGAUCCAUCUUGUGCUGCUAGAUAUUCUCGUUGUGGUCCUGCAGCUCGUACUGCUCGCUGCUGGUACCUUGCGCAAAAGAUUAAAAGACAAAGCGAGCAGCGCGACUCCUGCGUCCACGAGCACGACUCCGUCCACGAACACGGCUGCAGCACCUACUACCACGACUACAGCACCAGCCGCUCCAGCGACGCAACCAUCGACACAGGAUCUAGACUCGGAGGAGCGAGGCGUGCGUCGAUCGAUGGAGCAACACGACAUCGAAAUGCAAACCCUCAACCCCUCGGGUACGGCAACCAGCCCCGCCGCCUCUAUCGCCGAACCCUCCGCCCACGACGCCUUGCUCGCCAACACCUCCGCUCCGGCCACAGACGAGCACAUCUUCGACGCCUUCCACUCCGGCCAAAUUGUGCUCGCCGACUUGGACAUUUGGAAGACGAUCAAGGAGCAAGCCAGCAUGAUGAAGGAUUCGCGCAACGCAUCUACGCCCACCGUUGACUCGAUUAGGAGCGAAUUGGCGGCGAGGAUGUUGCGGAUGCGCAUGGGGACCGAUGCUUUGAGGCAGAGCCUGUAG